AGUUUUGAGUUUCAAACAGAGAUCUGCAAGCAAGGGCCCAGCUCCUUACUUGCCUUUGUCUAUGCAUCGUCUGAAAUGUGAAGUACUUUUCUGCGUUAGAGUUCUGUUUUUAGUACAUUUCUACUUGCCUUCUCUGUGCCAGUGUUUUGUUCUGCCUCCUCUGUCUGUGGGAAAGUAAGAAGACUUUUCCACUUGAUGAGCAGUGAGCUGAACUUGACAGUCAUCCGUAGUUACACUUGAGCAAAUUAAGAAGCACAAUGGUUGCAACAAUUGUCAGGCUCUGUAUCUAAUAGCUGCAGCUUAGAGAUACUCUCCUCUCUCUCUCUCCUGUAUGGUGACUGUUCCUCUUCACAGUUUCUUUUAGCUUUUUAAAAGACUUUACUUGCUUCACUUCUUGCCAGAAGAUGUGACGGUUUGUGCCACUGUGACUCAGACUGCAUGUAUGUAUCAUUGCCUUACAUUUUUAUUGCGUAUGUUUCCUUCUCUUUUUCUGUUUCUGCCCUAUUUCCCUAAAACAAUAGCAUCCCAAACCCAUUUCUGACUCCCUCCUCGGCCUCAACCAGCAAUCAUCUCAUAAAAUGUCUUUACAGUGAAGACCUGCCUUGACUUUUUUUCCUGUAUGAGUUUAUUAUUAAAAACUGAAAGCUUGAAACCUUUCUUGGAGUCUCUUACACUGUAUCAUAAACAAUUAUAAAAAUUCAACAUAUCCACUUUCACGCCUCCUUUUCUCUUCCCACUGUCCCCCUUUCUUUCUUUUUGGCUUUCCUGUUCUUUUCCUGUCUUCACUAGAGUCUUUGGAGAGGUAAUCCCCAAUCAGCAGUUCCCUAUUCCUUGCUUUGGACUCUCUCUCUCUCUUUCUCGACUCCCCUCCCUCCGUCCCUCCUCUCCCCUCCUGCUCUCUCCCUUCCUCUCGCUGGGUGCCAGAGCUCCAGUGUGAGAGAGCUCCAGUUCCAGCUGGCCUCCCCACUUGCGCUGCUCGAAUGGCGGACUCCUCUCUUAACAACUCCUGGCCCUCCUUCUCCAAACUCUGGAUGAAGAGAUGGUCCUUCAAGAGAGGUACUGAGUGCAAGCCAUGUAGUCAGCCCUGUGGGCCUCCCAGUGCCCAGCUCAGUGUCCAGCCUCAUGCUCCCAGCAGGACAGGAUCCUCCUCCUCCUCACUGUCCCCUGCCUCUGUCACUGAGGAUGUCUUCUUUGGUAGCAUCAAUAAAGACCAGGAUGCGUGUUCAGUAGUCAGCGACUAUGACUGCCCCUGUGCCGAGGUGAACAGCAGUCUGGAGGACCUGGUGGGACUCAGCUCUUCACUCAAAGACUCUGAGUACUUUAAAGACCUGGAAGGAGGGAUACCGGCUGCACAGUCGACUGCAUCCACAUUAACCACAGUCACAGAGAGCAAAACCCUAACUGUUGGCCUCCAGGUGUCCCUAAACUCAGACGCUCCUGCUAUCAACCAACCUGUGCAGACUCCUUUGAGCACACACUUCACUCAGGUCAAUGCACCAUCUUCUUCCCCCUUCUAUUUACACCCUGCAGAGGAACGUCAUCAAAACUUUGUGGUCACUCAGCUUAGUCCAAAGUUAUUGCCAGGUUGUAUCAUUGACAGCGGUGAUUCCUCAGGCCCUGCUGUUGGGCUUAGCUUGACAAUUAAUCUGAAUGGACUGUUGGGAUCAAUGGAAGCAGCAAAAGGAAUAACAGGAUCAGAACAAGUAAAGGAGCAACUCACUAUGGAGUUAGACGGAGAGCCAGACCUGGACAGCUUUCCUAUUCUGGUCAGAUCCCUGUCAACGUCUCGGAGGCACAGCUGGGGUGUCCCUUUGUCCCCCAUCAACCUGGGGAGGAGACUGAGUCUGGAUACCAUGGCCAUGGACAGCGAUGGAGAGAGAGAGGAUGAUGAAGAGGGAGAGAAAGGUCUCUUCCAGUCCACCCAGCCGCAGACCUCCAGCUGCACAGCAUGUCCUGGAGAGGAGACAGAUGACUCCAGGCUGAGGUUCCCCUGUCCAAGAGCCAGAGUCACUAGCAUGGCUGGUGGUGUGCCUGGCAGGCAUCUGUACUCCCGCUCAGAGAUCCUCGCCACAGACGAAUGUUCCCGUGCUGCGCACAUUUCUCGUGUUGUGCAGACAUCCAAACAGGCCGCAAUGGCAGCAGGAGCAGAGGAGUUCGACCCUGAAGAGAACUUACAUUCUACUGAAGGACACAGCCACACAGCGAAGGAGAGGAACAACAGAUCAGACAGCAAAGUUACAGGAAAUGUCACUUGGUACGAGUUCCUCUCUCAUGAGACUGAAGAGGAGGAUGAUCGUACAGAGAAGGUGGAGAAAGGCACCAAGGUGAAGAGGACUCUCAGCUCUCUGAGGAACAGGGUGACUGGUUCCUUCAACAAAGAUAAGGGUAAGAACCGAGAAAAAGAGCAGCAGAAAGAGAGGGGGAAGGAGAAGGAGCGGGAGGCUAAAGAGAAAGUUUGUGGCAGCAGAAGCAGCAAUGGGCAUUAUUUGGUGCCAGGCGCUUUCUCCAGCUGUGCCACCUGCUCACUGUGCAGCAAGACCCUGCAGACAAAGCAUGGCCUGCAGUGCAUGAAUUGUGCUGUGAACGUUCACAAGAGCUGCAAGUCUCUGCUGGGUGACUGCACCAGCAGCAGGAAUAAGAGAGAUUCAUCGGCGAGGACUUGCUCAUCAAGAUCUUCAAAUCUUGCGCUAAAAGACCGGGACAGGGAGCGGCAGCAUUCGGGCCUAGCCUCAUUACAGGCCCUGGGUGGCCACCCAGGAUUUCAUAGCACCCCAGGCAUGACCGCUAGUUUGUGGGGAACAAGCACUCAGCCGCCUGCCGCCCAUUCCACCAGCUACACUGCAAGCUCCAGCCUUGGCCACAGCCUCCGUCACCACAACAGCUCAGGAUCCCUCCCUGGGGAGAUGGAUGAGACGGAUGCUCUCCGCUCCAAACGCUGCAACGAAGACGCCAUUUCCCUCGCUCCCUCCACCACCGAGUCCAUCAUCGUCGAAGAUGCUCACUUUACAGCAGUGCGGGCUGAUCUUGAGUCUGAUGCCCAGGACCUGGAGGUAGAGUCAUGGAGUUUGGCGGUUGACCAGCAGUAUAUUAAGAAGCACUCUAAAGAAACGGUGAAGCGACAGGAUGUGAUUUAUGAGCUCAUGCAGACAGAGAUGCACCAUGUGCGAACACUGAAGAUAAUGCUGCGUGUGUAUGUCAAAGAGUUGAAGGAGAACCUCCAGAUGGACUCUGGCAGGCUGGAAUGUCUGUUCCCCCGUUUGGAAAACCUCCUCGAGCUUCACACACAUUUCCUGUCUCGUCUCAAAGAGAGGCAGCGAGAGAACCUUGUUUCGCCCAACGACAGGAACUACAUUAUCAACAGAGUGGCAGACAUUCUGAUCGCACAGUUCUCAGGGGAGAUAGGAGAAAGGAUGAAGGACAGUUAUGGAGACUUCUGCAGUCACCACACGGAGGCUGUCGGCUAUUACAAAGAACAGCUGCACAACAACAAAAAAUUCCAGAACAUCAUACGGAAAAUCAACAACCUCUCCAUUGUGCGGAGGUUAGGAGUGACCGAGUGUAUUCUGUUGGUGACGCAACGCAUCACCAAGUACCCAGUACUAGUGGAGCGCAUUCUGCACAACACUGAAGCGGGUACAGAGGAGCAUGAGGAUCUGACUCGGGUGCUGGGUCUGAUUAAAGACACCAUCGUUCAGGUUGACAUGCUGGUUAAUCUCCAUGAGAAGAACUCUCGACUCCGGGACAUACACAACAAGAUGGAGCCAAAGGCACUGGGAAAGAUCAAAGAUGGCCGAGUGUUUCGCAGGGAGGACUUGGCGCAGGGCAGGAGACGUAUGCUGCAUGAGGGCACAGUCAACUGGAAAGCUGCUUCUGGCAGGCUCAAAGAUAUUCUUGCGGUGCUUCUGUCAGAUGUGUUGCUCUUGCUACAAGAGAAGGAUCAGAGAUAUGUAUUUGCUACAGUGGAUAACAAGCCGUCAGUGAUCUCCCUUCAGAAGCUGAUUGUCAGGGAAGUGGCCCAUGAGGAGAAAGCCAUGUUUCUUAUCUGCGCCUCCUCCAAUGAGCCAGAGAUGUACGAGAUCCACACCACCGCCAAGGAGGAGCGAAACUCUUGGAUGACACACAUACGGCAAGCUGUUGAGAGCUGUCCUCAUACAGAAGAGAGGCUAUUCAGCGAGGAGGAAGAGGCGCGAGCUUUCAGGUUCAAAGAAUUUCAAGAACGGCUGAGCCAGAAGGAUACGGUGGUCGUCCAGGCUCUUACUGAGAAGCUGCAGCUGUUUGCAGACAUGGCAGAGUCUGUGGCAGGUCUAGAGGACGCAGCUUCACGUUCCAGACUUCUGCUUCGAGGAGAUGCCUCAGACCUCCAACAGGGGGAGGCCCUGCUCAAAGGAGCUAUCACUGAGGUGGAGAACCUGCAGAACCUGCUGCAGUCUGGAGUGAGGGAGGAGGCUCCGACCUCCCGGCUGGAGGAGGGGAGCGGUUCCGGGGUUCUGCCCAGGCGAGCGGAUACCUUCGGGGGCUAUGACAGCAGCCCCACCAUCCUCAGUAAGAAUGGCAGUGUGAAGAAGAAGUUUUCUGGCGAGACCAGAAGCAGAGAUAGAAGCCAGAGAGCCAGCUCUGACCCUCAGCUCAAAGACCUUUGUCGCAGCCACACCCUGGAGCAGACGGUUGAUGAGAGCUGCUGCUCUCCUGCCAGAUGGAACCACAUCUGGUCCAACUCCUUCCCCGAAGCUGAGUUUUUUGACAGAGUGCUGAUGCUCUCCCAAAGGCUCUACAGUCUGCAGGCCAUCAUUUCCCAGCAGGACAGUCACAUCGAGCUGCAGCGGGCCUCGUUGACAGAGCGGGCCUCCCUGCCCGGCCGCCACAGAGGGAACGUGCUCCUGGAGCAGGAGAAACAGCGGACUCUGGCUCUGCAGAGAGAGGAGCUGGCCAGCUUCCACAAGCUGCAGUCUCAGCACCGGCAGGAGCAGCAGCGCUGGGAGAGGGAGCGUGAGAGGCACCGGCAACAGGUCGAGGCCAACGAGGCCAGGCUCCGACAAAGGGAGGAGGAGUGCAGACGGCUGGGGGAGCAUCUGGCAGAAGAGAGGAAGGAGCUGGAGAGUCAGAGGGAGACGUACCAGCAGGACCUGGAGAGGCUGAGAGAGUCCACCAGAGCCGUGGAGAAAGAAAAGGAACGUCUGGAACACCAGAAGAAGAUCAAGAGGAAGACUAUCGAGGUGGCUCCUUUGUCUGGCAGUCUGAACGGGGAGCUCCUCAUGUCCUCGGGCCUCAACACCUUCACCAGUGUCUCCGACCUGCCUCCCCCUCAGAAGCCCCUGGUGCGGGCCAGCCUCUCUGUCGCACCUGCCGACUAUCCGGAGCGCCCUGAAGUGAUGUUGCGGCGGGAGGCGAGCUCUUCCACCCUGCCGCUGAAGACGGAGGUGCCGCUUCAUCUCUUCAGCACCACCAACCAGCAGCACAAACUGGUGGGGGUGCAGCAGCAGAUUCCCACCAAGCUGGCCGCCUUCAGCAGCGGAAAAGGGAAAGGAGGCAAGAUUGGCAAAGCCUCGCAUCGCACUGACAGCUCCGCCUCAGUGGAUAUGAAGCAGAUGCUGCCGCUGAAGCUGUCCGCCCGAGAUGACAACGCCCUUAAGGCCAAGCGGUCCGUCAGCCCCCACCAGCCGCUUCCGCUGUCAACACCUCCUCAGCCUCUUCCCCUGCAUCAUCACGCAGAUCAACUCAGUCCUCCAGACAAUGCUGGGCCAGACACCCAGUCCACCUCCUCCAUCAGCAUCUCCCACCCUCAAAGUCUUCAGAAGCCUCCCAUGCCUUCUGCACAGUCCCAUCCUCAGCCUCCCACCAUCCCUCCCCACUCGCAGACCACCGGCUCCCUCCAGUUCCAGUCCCAUCUGCAGCCGCAGGGCCUCAGUCCGAACGCCCAGGCCCAUGUCCAGGUAAAUGCUCACGGGCUCACCCACAGCCACAGCAUGCCGCCACCUUACAAGAUUGCCACAGAAGACCUCAACAAGGAGGAUGUCAUCUUCUUCUAAAGUCCACUCAGAUCAACCGCUGAUCGCAAAAAAAAAAGAAUUAUGGGAUAGUUGCUUCCAUGCGUCUCAUUCUAAGGAGCCACUUACUGUACAGGUGUGGUGUUAUAGAGGGUUUAUGAAGUAAGGUGGUUUAAAUACCUGUACAAAGCUGCAGCAGAGCGCUUGUUAGCACUUCAGUCGCUCAUGAAGAAAGACAAAUGUUAUUCAAGACGUUUUACAUUUUAACAUUGUUCCCCCUUCUUUGUUUUAAAGAUGCCUGUUUCUUUUUAUUGAAUUUUUAGUUUAGUUUCUUAACUCGAGAGGACAACAAGUAUGAGGAGGAAACAUCUGGCAAAACAAAGGCUUCUUGUAACGUGUAUGAAAAAGGUGUAAAUGAAGUUAAGCCAAUCCAAAGACUUGAGCCGCGAGACCAGAACAGGGUUUGACUGAAGGAAGCAAUGUAAGAAAAACAACGGUCGGGUCAUUUUUCAGGACACUGCGGUCAGCCUGUUUAGUGCAAGGUGCAGAGGCCUGAACUACCUGCUUCUGCUGAACCCGGAACAACAAGAACUGAUUCAACAGGAACUCAGAAAUGACCCGACUCCUAAAACAGGAACACUUUCUGCUCGGUGUUUCAUGUGCACAGUGUGAAUACUCCAUUCCAGACUAAUGAAUGAACACUGAUGGACUAAAUGUGUAUUGUUUGGGUGUCAAAAUUGUGAUGGUUCAUUGUGAUGGUUCAUUUUGUCGUUUUUGUCCUUCUUAACCAUGCUGAUUACCGAACUGUGGAAUACACUGCUCGUGUUGCGACUGGUUGUGAAACCUGAAGCUAACUUUUUUUUUUUUUUUCCUUUCCCCCAGGCUGUUGUUUAAAAAUGCUUAAUUUCAAUUAAGGGAGAUUUCACCUCCAAAUUCUACUGUUUUUCCAACUCAUGCAGUCCGAGACAAAGUCAGGGACAUCUUUACUACGUCUGUUCAACUAGAUUCUACGUGAGAUUAGUCUACUUUAGGGCUUUUCUUGCAUUUCUUAGAAGUAGCUCUUGUAAAAAAUACAGAGGUUGUUCUAUUCAGUCAUGAUCCUUUUUAUAAUAAUUCUGAACGUUUCAUCCGGUUGCAUUUUUGUUUCUGCCACCAUGUCCGUGAGCUCUAACAGCAAUGGGUUAGCUGAUUGAUAAAAGAUCACUUCUUUAACACAGAAACAUGUCAACUCGAGUAUGAACUUGAAUUGAAUCAACCUUUUAGAGUUUAAAGGUAUAUUUCCCAAACUGUUAGAAGAGCUGCUAUUGACCACAUGGACCUCCAGGAAAUGAGCUCAACUUUGCACCGUUGAGCAUACUGAACCCGUUAGACACACAUGUUGCAUUUCACUAAAACUAUCCUUUUUAAGAGAACCAUCUUUGAGAAACACAUCUGUUGCCAUUUAAAUGAAACCAUAGUUUGUUUUUUUUGUACAAUUUAAUUUUUCAGAAAUUUUUAACUGCUUCGGGAGAGAAAAUAGAAAAUUUGGAUCUUUGGAAAGAACAAAAGUAAUAAUCACAACAAUUUGAUUCAGAGUUGAAAUGCGUUGAACGUUGUAAUUGUGAGCGGGUGCAGUGGUCCUGCAGCACAAAUGAUAUGUUUCUAUACAAACGGAUAAUCACUUUGAAACCAGAGCAUACACAAACAAUGAAUCAGAUGGGGUGUUGAAGUUUAUGGGGUAUUUAUAGUUAUUAUCAGGAUAUGAGCUCAUCUGAUACAGUUGUAGAAGACAUUGUUUUUGUGUACACCAUCUCUUAAGCACAACAACAACAUGAAUGUGAACAUACUUGGUGGUCCGAACUCGGUACAUGAAGAGUUCAUGUUUUUGACAAAUCAUGUGUUUGAACGCUUGUGUCUCUGUGACUCCAUUUUGCUGAAUUGACAGUAAAUUUGUCAGGAUGGGUUUCUUUUGGCAGAGCCGAUAUAUCGUUGAGAUAUUUAUGAAAAUGUCAGUUUUAAUAUAAACCCUGAGGUCUCAUUGACGGUGUGUUUUAUUGAUUGCUGAUGACAUUUCGUUAGCUGGGUCUUAAAUCUCUGUGGCUGGUAGAGAAGCGGUACUGUGACCGGGGGUGCGGUGGUCCUGCAGCAGAAAAACCACUGUCAGCCGGUCUUUAUCUUCUCCCCACAGAAGAAAUAUGUCCAUGUGAUUGUCUUUCUCAGUAGAUACGUGAGAAGCCUUUAAAUCAUGAAGUCGUUGACACAAUAAUGUGUUUUGUGUCUCUGGAGGGACAAAAUGUCAGAAGAGCUCUUUGUCUUUGUCCAGUUAAUCUUGUCUCUGAAGCUGUGAUCGCUAGCUGGAGUUUGAGCUGUUUAUGUAUAUUAUGUAUAUUGUUGUACAUACUUAAUGUGAUCUCUUCCGCACAUGCUUCCUUUUACGCAUUCUUGUAGUAGGAACGGAGAUAUUUGACGUGCGUCACGAUGCAAAAGUCAGCCAAAAUUCUGUGUCUGCAUAUGUGUAUAGACACACACAUGGGUGUGUGUGUGUGUGUGUGUGUAUAGGACGGUACGCCCUGCUUGGAUAGACUCGUGGCAGUUUAAGGAAACCACAAUCAGCCAUUGCUGUUGAACAUUUGCAUAUUUAAUCUCCUGCUGUUUGUUGAUGUUGUCUCAUUGAAGCCAAGGUGCACCCUGUGUUGUCUUUCUCCAGCAAUUCAUGAGUGAUGUUUCACCAAUAUUAUGUUAGAAGUCCUGAAAACAAAAUCAGUUUCAGUUGGUUAAACCAAAGACGCAUUGGGCCGGGUUCCUGUCUGUGCUCUUAUGUGAAGGAUAAAUGACACUGUGCUGUUGUGUGGUCAUCCACAAAGUGUUAUUACGUAUUAAACAUCCUCCAGGCAGGGUCCACAACAAGUGUGUUUACAGUACACUGAGGGCCAGCUCAUAUUCUAUCCUCUCGUCCUCAUCUGAAAUAUCUCUGUCUAGAUAAUCUCUUUGACACCAGAGCAUACACAAACACUGAAUCAGAUGGGGUGUUGAAGUUCCCUAAUAUUCUGGUUUAUAGUGGCACAACCCAACUACAGCAUCUGAGUUUAUCAUUAUCAGGAUAUGAGCUCAUCUGAUGCAGUUGUAGAAGACAUUGUAUUUGUGUACACCAUCUCUUAAGCACAACAACAAUGUGAACAUACUUGGUGGUUCUCAUUGGAUGGAGCCCUAUAAAAACAUCAAUACUUACCCAGACUUUGACACAAAGGUCUCAACUCAACCUUCAUCGACAAGCUUUUUUGUCGGAGCUUUCAACCAUAUGACACAAGGCAAUGCUUAACUCACCGGCCAACACGGACAGGAAGUCAAUGAGCAAACUCCCAUCUGCUAAUGAAGACCAUGGCAUUUGGUUGAAAGCUCUGGAGGGAGCCAUUAAGUGGAGAUUGAGUUGGGAUUGGUUUUGUCAAAGAACGUUUUCAGGCAGCAGGAGAGCUGGUGUAGAACCUCCACAGAAGAGGAGGAUGCUGCCCUGUUGGUGCCGCUGUUUGGAUCAACUCGAGUCUUAAAUGUUCUUUCGCUUUACUGAAAUGCUUAACCUCUUUGCUGCGUUUUAAAACUUUGAAGCCAGUCAGUCACAUCACUGUGUGUUUAUGUUUGUGUGUGUGUGUGUCUGUGUGUGUGUGUGCGCUCUCCACUAAAAACACAGCGGAAACAUUUCUAACCGACUUGUUUCCAGUCGUGUUUUUUUUGUAAUACACACACUCAUAGGCGCAUAUUGGACUUGUACUGUGUAAAUAAUAAUGAACAUAUUGUAUUUCCUCAGCCAAUUUUACACUAGUCACUUUGGAUAGUAGCAUACUUGAAGGGGAAAAUGAAUGUUUAUAAUGCUUAUUAUUAUUGUCUGUGAACUUUUAUUUACCGAGAGCUGUCUAAUGACGUUUGUAGCGCACAGCAGAACUGAUUUUUGUACCGUUUCAUUUUAUUCACCGCAAGACAUUAGAACGACCUGUGGACACAAACUGCUGCCUUAGAGAGAGUUUAGUAAUAAAAAAAAAAAAGUCUUGAAAUGA